AAGAGAGGAAGGUGGCGCCCGGCAGAGCGGAAGAGGGCGGCGCUCCUCCCGCAGAGCGGCGCUGCUGCUACUGCCGGAGCGGAGCGGGCGCGGCUCGGGCCACCGUUGGAAGCGAGGUGCAAUCACUUCUUCCAGUUUCACUUAUGUUACAGUUGGAAAGAAUAUCGUGGAGAAAUGGAAAGAAACAAACAGAGAAGGAAUGCUCACCCAUACUUGAGGACUUGGGCUCGUGAUGAAGGACUCCGCAAAGGAGGGAUCUGCAGGCAGAGAUCCCUCCUCAGUGGUAGUCAGCCCUUAAAUGGGGUCUAGGAGGUGUAGAGUCUGGCUUCACCUGUGCUGCCAUGGCUGACCCAGUGCUUGCCUCAGGUGAUCAAUCAGUGGUUCAGGCGGUGACUCAACAGUUCCCAUGCAACUAGCAAACAGCUGUACGUUCCCUUUCGCUUACUGCCUGACUUUUUCCUGCUGACAAGGAAGUUGUGAGGCGUUAACUGAAAUUUUCGUGAGAAGGCACUCUGCAGCAGCUGAGUUUCUGAAGUAAAUCACUCAGUAACCACAUCAGGAAGCCCUUAAUAUCAAGGGUUGAAUAACUCACAUAUCACGCAUUUCCCAAGUGAACUACCUUUUAUGAAAGAGACAUGGAUGGGACGGAUGAAACAUCUAAAAGAAUUCUAGAGCCAUACCAGUAUUUACUUCAACUACCAGGUAAGCAAGUAAGAACCAAGCUGUCACAAGCCUUCAAUCACUGGCUUAAUGUUCCAGAAGAUAAAAUACAGGUUAUCAUUGAAGUGACAGAGAUGUUACACAAUGCAAGCCUACUUGUGGAUGAUAUUGAAGAUAACUCAAAGCUACGACGGGGCUUUCCAGUGGCACACAGUAUCUAUGGAAUUCCGUCUGUAAUCAACUGUGCUAAUUAUGUGUAUUUCCUUGGCUUAGAGAAGGUUUUAACCCUUGAUCACCCAGAUGCCGUUAAAGUUUUUACUCGUCAGCUACUGGAACUCCACAAAGGUCAAGGCUUGGACAUUUACUGGAGGGAUACUUACACCUGCCCUACAGAAGCUGAAUACAAAGCUAUGGUACUGCAAAAGACAGGCGGUCUCUUUGGAUUAGCUGUAGGCCUCAUGCAGCUCUUCUCAAAUUAUAAGAAAGACUUAAAACCGCUUCUUAACACGCUUGGUCUCUUCUUCCAAAUAAGAGAUGACUAUGCCAACUUGCACUCCAAAGAAUAUAGUGAAAACAAGAGUUUUUGUGAAGACUUAACUGAGGGCAAGUUCUCAUUCCCAACCAUUCAUGCAAUUUGGUCAAAACCUGAAAGUACGCAGGUGCAAAACAUUUUACGUCAAAGGACAGAAAACAUAGAUAUAAAAAAAUACUGUGUGCAUUACCUCGAAAACGUGGGUUCCUUUGAGUACACUCGGAAUACACUGAAAGAGCUUGAAUCUGAAGCCUAUAAACAAAUCGAAUCACUUGGGGGAAACCCUGAGCUUGUAGCACUAGUGGAACAGCUGAGCAAAAUGUUCAAAGAAAAUGACAAUUAAUUAAUCUCCUGGGGAUGAAUGGAAGCUUUAUUUUUUUUUAAACGGGUAAAUGAGCAGGUUAUCUGAGAGGUGUGACAGUCAGUCUCCCUUAAAACUACUGUGUUGCCACAUGGCAGAAAUGUAUGUCGAAAAUAAGUUUGAUUGCUGAGUAUUGUAGUAUACCUUAUCUAUACAGUCUUAAAUGUAACUGCUUGCAGAUGUCUUCAAAACAUAUACUAGAAUUGAAACAAACUUUGAAUCUGGAUUUUUACACAAUCAUUGGCAUUACUUCAGCCCUAGAAAUCUCACAGGUUACAGUAUAUCUUCAACAAAGCUACUGUAAGCUUCAGCCUGAAAUUCUGUAUUAAAUUAAAUCUGAUUGACCCAA